AUGGACUCAUUAAUCGAUGAUUUGAAACCAGUAACGAAAGUAAGGAAAACAACCUACAAUAAAAAAUCAUUGGAUCCAUCCAUUGAAGAGCAAGAAGAGGACGGUAUUCUUACUGAUGUUACCAGUGGUGGAAAUGUAACACCAACUAUUCUUGGAACAGGAUUCCUAUUUAAGAAUUCAACAAUUGAUAAAGUUAGGGCUAGGUUAUCAGGAAAGAAUUACAUCGAACAAGAAAAGACACCACUAGCAUCAAGUGAACAAGAGACUCAAAUAAUAACAAAUCUGUAUACAAAUGGUGAAGAUUUGGAAAAAGAUCUUAUAAAACACAUUCCUGUAAGUCAAACACAGCCAAUUACUAAUACUGGUGAAAGAACUCAACUAGAACAAGAAAUUAAAGUUACAAUAGAUAAUGAUUCGAAUGAGAUGCCCACUCAAGUUAUUGGAAGUACUGAAAGAGAUGAUGAGACAGCUGAAAGGACACAAAUCGGUGAGGUUGCAACACAAUUGAUACCGGGAGAUACAUAUGACAGAACGUCUACAAUGCAAAAAACACAAGAACAAUUGUUGAAGACACAAAGAAUACCGCAAAAUUCUCGAGAUAACCACAAUCAAACAAAUAUAAUCAAUGAAAGUUUUGGAUCGGUACCAUUCACCUUUACUCAAAAGAUAAAAAACUUUGAAACAAAUAUAACGAACGAGAAUGAUGAUUUCACAAAUGGGUCAAAAUCUCAGACUGUUUUGAUAUCCACUAAUGUAGACAAUGUUAGGGCAGAAUAUGUCGAUGCUUCUUCUUCUUUACUACAGGCCACCGCGAUAGCUGCAACAGUAAGAGAUGACGGACCCUCAUCAACUGCAUUAGUUGGGACUGUAGCAGAUGACAAACUUUCUUCAGGCUCCAAUUUGGCAAUACACAAAUUUCAAAAGGAACUAGAGGAGGAAGAACAGUUAGCUAAUAAUUCUAAAUACAAAGAAUACAAGGGAAUUUCAAAACCAAUUCUCACAAAUAUAGUUAAGUUUACUAAAGAUUCGUUCUUACAAGGAUUCGAUAAUUCCUCUUCAUCAUCAUCCGAGGAAGAAGGGGACAAAGUGAAAGAAACUAAAAGAAAUGGAAAAGAGAAUACGAGUUCAAAUUCAUACUCAACGAAGAACAACAAUUCAACAGCUUCAUCGGAUGGUACCACUAUAAAACCAAAAAUAAAAUCACCUAAGAAAUUCUCCAAAUUAAAUACCCUGAGUAGAUAUGAAAAUAAACUGAAAACUGUUUUAAAUUCCAAAAAUCAACUUCAAUUAGGUUCUGACGAUGAAAGUAGUGAUGAUACGGAAAAUAGUUUACCUGUUUCGAGAACUUCUAAAGCAACCAUAUUAACUAUAAAGGCUAGAUUAUCUAAACAAAAAUCAAAGAAAAACGUACAGAAAGAUGGUACAGUUAAUACGAACUUAAAUAAACUUUUCGAAAAUUUAAAAAAAUCUAGUAGGAAACAAAUUUUAGAAAAUCAAAGAGAACUUAUUGAAAAUAAAGGUCUAAAUUUUGAAGAUAUUGAAAUGGAGAAGGAAUUAGUGGAAAAUCUAUUAGAACAAGAAAUUAAAAGAAAUCAAAAAAUUAGACAACGUGAAAAAGAAAGGGAGGACAAAAAAAAUAAUGCCAAUGAUUCUGAUAGUGUAAAUGAUAGUGAUGUUGAAUUUGAUUUGAGUGCAAACGAGCAAGAAGAGCAAGAGUCUGAUGCCGAACUUUCGGAUGUAUCAAAACCUGAUAUUGAUGAGGAAGUUGUCUAUCAAAGGAGAAAUAUAGACGAAGAUGGAAUACAAGAUGAAGAUGUUCUUGAUAAUGUGGAUGCUGAUGAGGAAGAAGAAGAGGCUCCAUUACAAUUAUCAAAGCGUUCUAAUGGUGUAACAGCAAAGAUUAUAUCUGUAUCCGAAGAUGAUGAAGACACUAUUUCAAAAAGAAACGCCAUAGAUCUUGGAGCAUAUGGAGAUAAUUUGACAACUGCAAAUGUGAAAAGCCAAGAUGACGAUGAUCUUGAAGUUGACGACGACAAAAAUGAAAAUCUAGAUACUCAACCGCUCGAAUUAACAGAACAAGAACGUAUUGAUAUAAUUGAAGCGGAGAAGACGAAAAUAAAAAUGCAACAGGAGAAAAUGAGACACAAAGAAAAAGAAAUGAUGAAGAAAGGUGUCACCAAGUUCUUUGAAAUGGAAGCAGAAGAAUCUGAAGAUGAAUGGCAUGGUAUUGGUGGUAUUGAUGGUGAAAUGUCAGAUGAAUAUGAUUCUGAUGUUGAAAAAAUGAUUGAUGAUUAUUCGAAGGCAAAUUUUGAUCCCAAUGAAAUCCGUGAAAUGCUUGCUGCAGAAAAUAAAGAAAUGGAUUUGAAUAUGAUCAAUAAGAUAUUAUAUGACAUUAAAAAUGGUGGAUUUAGGAAAAGGAAAAGAGGUGGAUUAGAAUUAGAAUUAAGUGAAGAUGAAGAUGAUGAUGCGUUAAGAGAAUAUCAUUUGAAAAGGAAAGAACUGAUGAGGAAGAGGAGAUUAGAACUUGGAGAUGAUGAAAAAAAAUUGGUUAAAAAUCCUAAAUCUAAGGCUUUUUUUGAAAGUAUGGUAGAGGAUAUUACCGAUGAUAAGAAUGCCUUUAAUGAUGAACCGUUAGGGGAAACUUCCACGCAAGAAAUCAAUAAUACACAAGACGAUAUGAAAGAAGAAGAUGCCGCGGUCGUUAAGGAAAAUGGAGAUAGUAAGAGGAUUAAAAAGAAAAAAACUAUAAUAUCAGAAGAAUUUGUUCAAAGGACUUUAUCAUUUUUGAAGAGUAGCAGAGAAGAUGAAGAGUUUGCAAUGAAUGAAAAUUUAGCCAAAGAACAACAUGGUACCAAAGUUGAAAAUCUAUUGUCAUUAAAGCAACAAAGUUCGAUCAAAGUGUUUCAAAGUCCUAGUAAUAACAGUUCCAAAGUUAUUAAAUUGGAUGAUAUAAAUAAUGAUGAUGAUGACGAUGAGGAUUCACCAAUUGCCUUGUUUAAAGUUCCAUCAAUUUUGAAAUCCUUCGGAUCUAAAACAGAUAUUAAUGAAAAGUUCCAAGAUGGUAAUAAGACCGUCACGAUAUCUAAAAGUUAUAGAACAGUUGGUAGUUCGAAAGCAUCCAUUACCUAUCUUGGUAAAUCUAGGAAAUUAAUGGCUCCAACGCAUAGUAAAAUGAAACCAUUAAGGUCUAGGGUAACCGAUAAUAAUAAGAUUACUAAAGGCGAACGAAAUAUUGGAUCACUUUUUUCAACUGGUGAUGAUAGUUUUGAAAAUUGA